UGUUCCACAACGAUUUUGUGGAUUAGUAGGAUAAACUUUGUCCUAUUAAAUUUAAAUUCAAAAUGGUUAGUGAGAGGUUAAAUUUAGAUAGUGUUGGACACAAUGAAGUGUUCUACCUCGACCCACAAAGUAACCUCAUUACAACUCGGACAGCUGAGGCCCUCAAGAGUGAUGUGUAUGAAAUUCACAGACUGUUUUUACAGUAUUGGUCAGACAGUACGAAAGUGAUUAGAGAUUUUACUCUGGGCUAUUCCUCCCUAACUAGUGCGAAGGAAAUUAAUAAGUCUGUAAGGAAUAAUCAGAACAGAAGGAAAUCUUUGCAUACGCCGGGUUCGAAAGACACUGGGUGUUCUUACGAGGAUGACAUGACGCCGGGAUGCACAGCGCUGAAGGAAAAUCUCGUUUGUCUUGUAAUUUUUGCGUCUGACGCAUAUACUGGAUUACAAUUGAGGCACCGAGCACGUCGACUUAAAAAGGAUGACAAAGGGUCUAUUCGUCCUGAAAAUGGGGAAAGGUUCCUAGCUGAAAACGGAACACGCAAUAAGCUAGAUGAGAUGUUAAUGUCGGUAAUCAAUCAGGCCAGGAAAAGAGUCGUUAGUGUUGAUACCGUGGCAUUGCCAUUGCCAACGAUUAAGACUAAGGCGAAGGGUAUGGCACCAUAUGUUGCGAAAUCGACACGACCAAAACUUUUCUGUGAUUUCGAAGGGUGUGAAUACGUGACGAUUGACAGAUCAAAACUGGACAGCCACAAAAAUGUGCAUACAGGUUUGAAACCUUUUACAUGUUGCUGGUGCGGACACAAGUUUUUAACAAGUUCUAAUCUCAAGACACAUGUUAACAAAGGAUGUGCUGAUAGGAGAACAACUAUGAAGAGAACCCCAAUCAAAAUAGUAAAUGCUAUGAGAUUGGCAGUUGGACAGCUCAAAAGUGGAAAGGAGGAAUCAAAACAUGACAACGUCUCAGAAAAUGAGACCGUAACUACCAGUCCUCGAGAUGAAACUAUAACUGCACCUCAAGUGAUGACAAAGCGUCGAGCACUACUCCCAAUACAAGCAAAACCAUUAAAACAGUCUAAACUGGAUUUUACCGUCGUUAAGAAAACUUAGGCUAAGUAAAUCGCUGACAACUCGGAUAUCUAACUGACCAACUAACAAUACUGGACUAGACUACUAUUUAAAAUGUUUAAAUAGUAUCAAAUAAUUAGCCGGUACUUUGUUUACCGAUGCGUAUUAGCUAUUAUAUACUAUUUCUAGUUUAAUCAAAACAAAGUAAAUCUGAUGACUACAUA